GGAGUUGCACAGCGCCUUCGCUUGCUAUGCCUCAUCGAAAACAACACGCUGCUCUCCCUCCUCAAAGAUGACAAGGGUCCCCACUGGGGCCCAAUGGCUCUCUAGAUCCCAGCUCAGUCUUUGCACUAGGAAUUCCAAGAGACAUUGACUGAACCCGGACCCUCCUCCAACCACUGCAGGGAGGCAUUAGAAAAGGUCACCUAAGGGACAUGCUCAGGCCUGAGCAUCCAAACAAACACUAAGCUGCGACAUGAAGCUGUUACCGGGAGGAUGUUCCCGGAGAUGUCGUGGGGAAACAGGAACGUCUUCGUGGCCGAUGUGUGACCUGCAGCCACAGGUGUGAGUAGGCAGACGCUGCCGACUUCUGAGCUGCCAGUCCGUGAAAACGUCACCUCCCCUGGUGCUUUCCUUCUUUAAAGAGGCUGAAGUCCUCGCUCCCAUCCUGCCCACGCGGAACGAUGAAUGACAAAAUGAAGAGACGUCUGGGUUCUAGAGGGAUCAGAAUGUGACAUUCGCCCCGCACAAUCUCGUAGAGAAGAAACUUUCUCGGCGAGAAAAUGGGAUCAAAAGGAGAGUUUAAGCGAUGGAGUGCGGAGGCAGAGAAAGAUGACACUCAACGUUUGCUCGGGAGUUCAGAGCCCUCUGCACAGAGCCUGCGGGAUAUUGGCUCCCGGGCCAGGAGGCACCAGAGAGAAAUGACAACUUCUAGAGAUGAGAAUGCUCCUGAGGAGUGUGAGCCUUCCUUGAGCGGCAACAUCACAGCAUUUGCGCUGAAAGCCAGGGUUGUCUACCCCAUCAACCAGAAAUUCCGGCCUCUGGCUGACGGAUCCUCCCACCCCUCGCUGCAUGAAAACCUGACACAGGCAGCCGCCAUCCUGCCCCACCUGCCCCACCAGCCAGCAGAGGCCUCACCAGCCAGCAGCCUGGGCAGCCUGAGCCAGGCUGGCAAGGAGGAUGGUAGCUCCUCCUCUAGCAUGCCCUCAGCCUACAGUGAUGACAGGAUCCUCCGAUACGCCUUCCUCCGGGUGGGCAGCUUCCCUGAGGUUCUGGCCUGUGAGAGUGCGGAUAUUGACCUGUGUGUCUGCAGCCUUCACCUGAAAGACCUGCUUCAGGUAGACACAGCGCUGAGGCAAGAGAAGCACCUGAUGUUCAUUCAGAUUCUUAAAGCAUGCCUCAUGGACUUUUUUCCUAAAAAGAAGCCUGAUGAUGAAUUAUACCAGAAGAUUCUUUCCAAACAAGAGCAUGAUUUGGAGGAAUUAGAAAAGGGACUUCAGGCCAGAUUGGUGAACACGGAAAUGUUGGGCACUGGUGACCCUGGCUACAUUUCCCUGGCAGACGUGGAGAGGAAGGAGAGAGAGCUCUCGGAGCAGCUCAUAGACAAUAUGGGAGCUUUCUGGAAGCAGAUGGACACCAUCCAGCCCAUUCUCAUGGACCAGUUUAAAUGCUCCAGCUCCAAGGCACGGCAGCUCAUGAUGGCUCUGACAGGAAGAAUGAUUGCUGCGGAGGGGCUGCUGCAUGACUCUCAGGACCUGCAGGCCCUGGAUGCCCUGGAGAGAGCAAUGGGUCGGGCUCACAUGGCAAGAUUAGUAGAGUUCCUGAGGACCCAGAUCCAGGAGGAGACGAAGUGCCGGCUGGCUGCCAUCUCCCGUGGCCUGGAGCUGCUGACUGUCCAGGGUCAGCUGUCUGGGAGGCAGAAGGAGGAGCUUCUGACCCAACAGCACAAGGCCUUCUGGGAGGAGGCAGAGUGCUUUGGCAGGGAAUUCAUGCAGCGGGGCAAAGACCUGGUCCAGACAUCUUUGGCUCGCCAGGUGGAGACGAGGGCAGAGCUCACACAGGCCCAGGAAGAAAAACAGAGAAGUUUCCUGGCUGAUUCCCAGCUGACCCCAGACCUGGAGGAGUUCCUCAAGGCUUUUCAUGAGGUCCUGGAGAGGCAGCGGCUGGCAUGGAGUAACCAGGAGGAGGAGGAGGACAUCAGGAUCACUGAGGCCAUGGCUGCACUCUGCCAGGAGCUGUACUGUGGCACCAUGGAAACUUUCCAAAAGUUUGUGGACACCCUGUUCCUGAAGACUCUCCCAGAAGUGAGCGGCCUCCCUGUGGCAGAAUGUGAGGCCCUGCGGCAACAGGUCCAGGAGCAGGCAGCGAGACAGCUGGGACAGGCAGACCGAUUCCGCAGACAGCAGUGGGGACUCCUGUGUGACCUGUUGGAGCAGGACAGGCGAGUGUGGCUGGAGGAGUGUGCAUUGUCUAUGGCGCUGCAGAGGCAACUGCGGGAGCACCACGAGAGCACCAUCCACGGGGUCCUGAGCCGAUUCAGUGGCCUCUCUGAAGAGUCCACACGAGGCAUCCUUCAGGGCCACGAGCUGCUGCUGUGCUCUGCCCUGCGCAGACUGGCCCUCCGAGGCACCACCAUCACUGCCCUGGCACAGAUGAGGCUGUCUGGGAAGAAGAGGCUCCUGCAGGAGCUGCGUGAGCAGCUGGCUCUAGAGCAGGGUGCCUCCCCGUGCCUGGAGGAGCAUCAAUGGCAGCUACUUAACGCCCUGGAGGCGCGGAUCCUGGAGGAGUCUGCCAGGCUGGAGGAUGAGGCUCAGCAGACCGGCCUGCGGCUCCAGCAGCAGCUGCUGGCAGAGGCACAGGAGGCAGGGCAGCUGCUACAGCUGCACUCAGAGAGAGCCAUCGGGCAGGCGCUGCUGCUGCAUGCCCGGAAUGUGGCCAGCAAGGUCAGAACCAGGGACAAGGAAGACUUCAAGAGGACGCUGGUGGAGACGGUGGUGGAGAGUGUGUACGUGACCAGCACCGGUGUCAGCCGCCUCGUGGAGGCGCAUUACCAGGGCAUCGGGAAGCUCCUGCAGACCCACAAGGAACAGCUGCUGCAGCGCCUCAAGACCCUGCAGGGUGAGAGAAUCAAUGCUUACAAACUGUGGAAAAAGCAAGAAUUCGGUGAGCUGCCAUCGGGGAGCCAAACAGCAGAUGGUUCCCGAGGAGCUUCCCAAGCGGUACAGCAGAGGAUGCUGUCACAGCAGAAGAAACUCCUGGGCCAGUUCACACAGCACCAACAGGGCCGCCUGAACUCUCAGAGGCAGAAGGCACAAGAGCUCGACCAACUGGAAGCCCAGCUUGAUAAUCAGCUACAGGAAGCUGAGCAGACCUUUAUCUCAGAGCUAGCGACACUGGCCCGAGUGCCCCUUACUGAAAACAAGCCAUUCUCCAACAAGCGAGGACUGCCAGAAAAGCCAGUAAGGACCAAAAGGAAAAAGCCCCCACCUCAAGAGAGAGAGGACCUGGGACUGCCCAAUGAUGACCACCCUGCCUUGGCGGACCACACCACAGGACCACUCAGCAGCAGAAGGCUGGGCCAGCAGGACAGUGAAGCUGGCAAUGGAGAAAACCCAAGGAAGAUGCUGCAGAAGAGAAGCAAUCUGUAGCUGGGGCCCUGCUGAGAGGAACCUGCCAUGCACCUCACUUCCUCUGUGUGAUUUAGGGGCUGGAGUCUUGAGAGAGGGGAUGCCACCUGCCUUAGAAAGUAAAAAUGGCAUGAGAGUAGCACCAAGUUCCUGGGAUAAUUGGAGAUGAGGGGGACAUGCCCUUGAGAACACACCACCUCAGCUCCACUCUGGUGCACUCACCCUGGUCUCUUUCUCCCUUAGGAGGGCCCGCUACUCCUGCCCUCCAGCCUCACACAGUGUCCUGGUGCUGCCCAAUGGUCUGGGUAGAGACUGGAGGUGCCCGAUUCCCAGCAUCUCCAUGAUGUCCUGCCUGUCAGGGUCUCAGCAUCGCUGGUUGUUUUCUGGGCCUGAAGCCACUGUGUCGCCUCCAUUAUGCCACAGCCAUCUCCUGCCCCUGGUGUCCCAACCAGGACCGACUUUUGGCCUUGGUCUUUCUAUCUUUUUGCUCAGGUAGCCCUGGGGCCUGGUCACCCAAAGAUGUCUGAGCCUCAGAAACAAUGUUUUUGGCACAGCCAUAGACUUCCAAACGCACGGGUCAGUUCUAAACCACUUGCAGCAUGGGACCACACAUGCCUGUCAUGUAUCACAAGAGCUCCCCCAUGGGCAUGGAAGACAGAGAAGGAGGCAGUCCCUACCUUUACCCUUCACUGAUGAAGGGACACUUUCCACCAGCUAGCAGUCCCUCUCCCGAGGAGAAGCCAACAGGUCACCUGCUCCUCCUGAGGGAUGGUGAGGAAGUUUCAAACCAGCCACACUUGCCUCGCAGGCCAGGGGCCCUUCCCAUCCAGGGGGCAAUCUCUUCCAUCUCCAGUCAUCACCGUCAACAUUUUGGAGAUGACCAUUCUUCGCUCAGGUAUGAAAGCUGCGGAUGCCAAAAAUGAAGUAUCUUCCGACAGACCCAGACCCAUGUGGAGCCGGAAGGUUUGGGGGGGCACACAUUGGUGCAUUUGAGAUUAGAACUGUCACUCAGUGGAAACACAGCUUCAAGAUUGCCUGGAUAGAGGACCCUACCCCAGGAGUUGUUGCUGUUGCAAGCACGUGGGGACCCAGGCUGUCCUGUACAUUGCAGGACAAUGGACAGCAACCCCGGGCUCUGCUCAUUAGGUGCCAACUGGACCCAGCCAUUCAUUUCUGGUGUUUCUCAGUGAUAGGUCAGUCAGUUUGCGCCUGCCCCAGGCAAGCCCAGGACUGCAUAGCCCCACGUUAGCACGAAUUUCUAGAACAUACAUGGUUUCUAUGACUCAGGAGUUCCUCUCUGCAAUCCUCUGAACUUUUUGGGAAAUUUAGGUUCUUAUAAUAAAAACUAAGACUGACUAA